AUGGAUGCCCCUGCCAAGGUCGCUUUGGGGAGCCGCCCGUGUAAGAGAAGACGGGAAGACCCUGAAGUAGACGACUCCAAACUCGCCGAUGAACGGCAAACACCAAAGGAGAAGAUGAGCACUCUGACUCGGAUCAAGGCAGCACCUCGUGGCAUGAAAUUGUCUCUUGUGGAAGAAAUGAAACCACUUUUGGAUGAGAAUCCCCCUUUUGCGUCCUCGACAAUGGAGUUCCUUGACCUCUACCUUCUUCUGUGGGAGUCUUAUGUGAUCGACUCGGCGCGCAAGAUCCGUUUGGAAGAGGAGCAGCGACGGCUCCAAGCCGAGAACGCUUGGCUGAUACACGCAAAUAAUCGGUUGUUCCAGGCUUGCACCGACCGAGAGCUGAUUUUGUGGGACCGCCAAGAGGCGUUUGAUUCCGUGCAAGAGGCCAUGGUCCAGGUGCUUGAGGCACUGCGUGUUCCGUUGAUCAGCCGUUGA